CCCCCCUCGAUCUCUGCUCCAAAGAAACUUCUCCUCCACCUCCUCCCACGCCGUUACCAUCCUCCAAGAUCCCACCCCACCUGCUGGACCCGAAUUCCCGUCGCAGAACACCGCAUUGGGCGCGCGCGUUGUGCCGCCGGGAUAUCAUCCCGGAUCUGACCGGCGAGUCGGCGGCGGGGCCCUGGGUGCGCUGAGAAGUGGCCGCGAAUCUAAAGGAGAGCACAGAAGACGCGGCGGGGAAGGAGCCGGGAGGAAUGGCGCCGACGCGGGGCGCCGGAGGCGGGGUGCGUCUGCCGCCGAUGAACGCGAUGGAGAUCCUGCGGGAGACGGUGCGCGUGCUGCGCGGGGACCCGCACGCGUUCACGUCCAUCCUCUUCCUGCUGCUCUGCCCGGCGUCCGGGUGCCUCCUCCUGUCCGCGGCCGCGCUGGACGGGACCGUCGUGGUGCCGCUCGCGCGGCGGCUCCUCGUCGCUGCGGCCACGUCGGGGCUCCCGCUCACGCAUUUCGUCAGGCAGCUGGCGCACCACCUCGCCGCCACGCUCGUCUCCGCCGUCGUCUCGUUACCGGCGCUCCUCACACUCCUCCUCGCUGCCCGCGCCGCCGUGGCGUACACCGUUGCGGCCGUGUACGCCGGGAAGCCCCUCGCGGCCGGUGACAUCAUCCUCCUCGCGCGCCGCGCGUGGCCGCGCCUUGCCGCCACGUACGCGCUCGCGUGCGCCGCUGUCGCCGCCGGCCUCGUCGCCUUCCUCGCCCUCCUCGUCACGGCCUGCUCCACGCUCAGGGCCUUGCUCUACCCGCCCGACAUUGUCGUCUGCGCGGGCCUCUUCACUGUUCUCGCCUACUCCGUGGUGUACGCGCACACCAUCAUCAUCUGCAACCUCGGCGGCGUCAUCGCUGUUCUCGAGGAAGUGGCCGGGGUCAAUGCGCUGCGCCGGUCGGUGCAGCUGAUGCGCGGGCAGACCCACGUCGGGCUGCUCAUCUUCCUUGGAUCCACCAUUGGCCUAGCUUUCGUUGAAGGGCUGUUUGAGCACAGGGUGAAGACGCUGAGCUAUGGCGAUGGCUCGUCGCGGCUCUGGGAGGGGCCAUUGUUGGUCCUCAUGUACUCGUUCGUGAUGCUGAUUGAUUCAAUGAUGAGUGCGGUGUUCUACUUCACUUGCCGGUCAUCAAACUUGGACUUCUUGGACGAGGAGGGUGGCUCGGUUGAGGAACUUGAGAUGAUGAGAGCUGGCAAUUUAGAUGCAAUUAGGUGAUGAAGAAGAUUGGUUUAUUUCUCACAUGUGUAUCUGUUCAUAGCAUCACAGGAAAAUAAGUGAGAUGGGCAUUUGCCAAGAGCCGAACAGAUUGGCCAGUGGUAUUGGUGGUUAUGGCGCCAUGGCUGAUGUGUAUGCUCAGGUUGAUUAGCUGAAGUUGGUGUUGAAAGGAACAUUUUUGCAGCCACUUGGCAUAUCCAUGCUUAGUUAAUAGCGGAUUUGGAUGGCAAGGCUUAGAGGGAGAUCUGUCAUGUGGUGUGUUCUCGAUCAGAUCUGAGUUUUGGCAGCGAUUCAAGAGCUGGUGAUAUGUGUAGCAUUCUUUCAAAAUGAUGUAACUAGCAUAUCGAUUUAAUUGUUGUGGAAUUUUGUUCCUCACGGCAUUCUGAUUAUACUGGAUGAAACAUUUGUUACUGGGGAAAUACAAAUCUUGAUUCUUCAAGUAUCA